AUGGCAGCCCAAGACCAGCCCAACCCCUUGCCAGCCGUGCAGGCUGCGGCUCCCGCGAACCCGAAGGCCGAUGACAAGGCAAAGGCCCGGCCGCGCACGGACUGGACCGUCAAUGGGCUCGACGUCGUCAUGGACGGGUUUCUCAAGGAGUGGAACGGCCUCCCGGACACCAAGAAAGCCAGGAAGCAAUUCCGCGUGCGUGUCCUCAAGGAGAUACUACCCAAGUGGACGCAAGAGACGGACCCGGAGGACGCUAUCUACAACUACUUCAAGAACCACGGCGGCAAGUCCUUGCAAAUCCGUGCGUCCAGCCCCGACGACGUGAGCAUCAAUUCCAAGGAUCUGUUCGCGAAGACCCGAGCCAAGGGUCCGUCUGAGCUGUGGGCGGAGGUGCCGGAAAACAAGGCACUUGUCUUGCAGAACAGCGAAGGGAUCAACCAAGUCGGAGCUGGAGGGCGACAGGCGGCGUCACGGCGAUUGCUCUUCGAGCAACUACCACCGGAGGAGAAGGCUAUUUGGGAGGAGAAGGCGCGUGCACCGCUGUCCCGCGAAGUCUUGGACGCGUCGAUGGCACGGUGCGUGUCCUUUCGUACAUUCAACCGAGAGACCUUGGUAGGCAGGGUUUCCACUCUUUUCCAGAACUCCAUUGGCGAGGGUGUCAAUCGCGUCGGCGACGCGGUGUUCUACCUGUUCCUGGGCUACAAAGAUCCCAGGAACCCGGUUCAAUGCAAGCAUCUUUACGUAGGGAACACACUCGAAGGGCAGAACUUCCCGAACUGGGCGGGCGGACUCGCCGCCCAGCAUGAACAAUGGCGACAGUUCUGCUGCGCCGUCCUCCCUGACCGGCCCGCCGAAGAGCUCGACGAAGAGUCUGACGAAGAGUCCGCGGAUACUGAGGUCGGCAUAACCUACGAGAACGACAGGCCGAUGCUGCCGCCCUGGGAUGCUGACAUGACAUCGCGGAAGGCGACGGAGAUCCUAUUGGUCUUCUUCCGUGCGUCGUGGAAACAGGCUCAUCGUAGCCUCGCCGAGGUGCCCAACCUCCCGAUGGACACCAUUACUCAGCGGCUGAUGGCGCUCGAGUGGCCGGCCCCCGUCUUCAGCGAUCCGGAUGGACUGACAGUCGUGCGGCUCAGCAUGCUGUGGGAGAAGAUCCGCGACAAUCAGCUAACAGCUAAUCACUUCGCCUUCGAGAACGUCGCGCCACAUGGCGAAGACGAGCGCGUUCGCGACGACGCGGUCGAGUCGGGGUCAGCCGAUGUUGGAACGGAUGGAGGCGAGGAGGAGGGUAGCAAGGCUGCGGAAGACGUCGUCAUGCACGAGAACUCCGUCGACAAUGGCGGCUCGGGUGAUGACGAAGAUGUCGAUCGCGCUGACGCUGCCUCGGACAAUGGGUCGGUUAAUGGCGGCGGCGCUACGAGCGUCGCGGCGAUCAGUGAGGACGAGGAGGACGAGGAUUGGGAGGUUGUCCCGUCGGAGGGAGCGAGUGAGGAUCGCGGCGGGAAGAAUGCCAACAAGCCCAUGCCUGCGAAGAGGCUUACGAGAGGCCGACGCGACGGUGAGACCGAAAGCGAGAGGAUGGACAUCGACGGCUCGGCGAAUGAAGACGACGAUGCGACCGCUAGCGACGCGGACAAGCCUACUCGCAAGAAGCAGAGGGUGGCUAGUGGUCGCGGCACGGCGUCGGCGUCGGCGUCGGCGUCGGCGUCGACGAGCAUCGGCAACGUCAACAGUGUCGGCAAGACUCGCAAGGUCACGAAUGCGUCUAAGGCUCCGUCUAAGGCUCCGUCUAAGGCUCCGUCUAAGGCUGCGACUGGUGGCACGUCGGCGUCUACUCGGGUCCUUCGCUCGACGCCUCAAGGUUCUAAGCAUAUGACUCGUGCAGCUGCUCGCAAGUCCUGA